UGUUCAGCUGUGAGCAGUGUACAAGUGAUUUUUGUAAAAAUACCAAAACAAGAUAAAAGAGGUCGUAUUCUGUAAAAUUACGAAUGUGUUUUGGGUUUUAAAUGUAAAAUUUAUAAUAAUGUGUUAUGUGGAACAAUAAAAACCAUGAUAAAUAAAUAAACCUGUAAAAAAUGGAACAAAGUUACACAAACGGCUCACCGAGUUUCCCUUCAAAACCUUUCAUCGAGGCCAGCGACUAUGACUUACAGUUUCCAACAUGGAGCAUGGAGUAUUUGAAAAAAGCUGCAGUGGAACACAGAUUAGUGCGGCCAAGAAGUUUGGCUUGGGCCAUAUUACUGAAUGCUGUUCCUCCACCAUCCGAGGACAUUUUAAUGAGCAUAAGAGGUCACAGAAAUUUCUAUGAUGAUUUGAGGAAAAAAAUGUCAAUGGAUCCACGAGGAGUCAUUGGGGACGAUCCACUUUCACAAAGGGAAGAGAGCGUUUGGAAACAACACUUUUGUGACAAUGAACUCAAGGCGAUGAUACUGCAAGACGUUGUCAGAACAUUUCCUGACGAAGCUUACUUCCGUGAUAAGGACGUACAAGAUCUUAUGGUGCGCGUGCUGUUCCACUGGUCGCGCGCGCACCCGUGGCCGGGGUACCGCCAGGGCAUGCACGAGGUGCUGGCGCCGCUGCUGCUGGAGCUGCGCGCCGACAGGAAUCUCGCGCCGCGCUCGCUCAGCGACACCUUGAGAUAUUAUCUACAAGAAGAUUACUUAGAACACGACAGUUACAUGCUAUUCAGCGCGAUAAUGAAAGGCUUGGAGAAGUUCUACUGGACGGGCGACAUGCCCUCCGCUAGCGGACGACUGCCCGUCUCGAAGACUGUACACAAUCAAAACGAAGUAAUACGAUAUUUAGAUAAAGUAAGAGAGGAAUAUUUAAUGUUAUUCGACCCAGACCUGGCAACACAUUUGGCUGAAUGCGGUAUCUCUAUGGAGUUGUUUGGAAUUCGCUGGCUGCGGCUACUCUUCGGACGGGAGUUCCCCCGUACCGACGUCCCGCAUCUGUGGGGAUUUAUCUUCUCCGACGGGCCCAUGUUGCCCAACGUGCACUACAUAAUACUCGCCAUGCUGAUCUCAAUUAGAAGUAUACUGCUGUCGAUGGACACGGCGCGCGCGCUGUGCGUGCUCAUGCGGCCGUCGGCGGCCGGCGCGCCGCACGUGUGCGCGCUCGCGCUGCACCUGCGCGCGCCGCACCGACACCCCGCGCCGCCGCCCCUCGCGCACGCCCGCACGAGCCCCGACAGCAUCCUGGACGCGUCGAGCUCGGUGGUCGCGUUCGAGCAGCGCGCCGAGGAGGAGGCGGAGUCGUCGGGCUCGGAGGGCGUGGCGGAGGGCGUGGCGGAGGGCGGCGACGUGGCGCGCUCGCUGGCGGCGCUGGCGCUGCUGCGCGCGCGCCUGCCCGGCGCCGUGGCCGCGCUGCGCGCCGCGCUGCCGCGCGUGCCGCCGCGCGCCGAGCCGCCGCUGCGGCAGCUCGUGCAGUUAGCUGCACUUCUCCAAUGCCGCAAUCACGCUUUGAUAGACGUUGAAACGGCGCUAGAGGCUGCCGAGAAUCAAUCGACCGACUCGAUCGGCCGGAAGCAGCUCGUGCCGGUCGUCAUGGGUCCCAAACCGAAGCAACAAAUGAACGCUAAACAAAUGAAAAUCCCGAAAAAAGUGAAAGAAGUGCCGCUUAAAUUGUUCCAUCAGGCGGAGUGCGAUGGAGCGAGUGACUUGCCAUUCUUAGAUCCGUUGGGACUCAGGACAGAAUGACUACGACGCAAAAUAAUGCUCUUUAGCUAUUAUCAUUAAGUACAAUUUCGAAUGUAUUACCGGAAUGUUAUAGGGCUUUUGUUACGGUUUAAAAUAUAUGUUAUGUUAAUAUAUGACGUACAAUCUGAAGUCUGAAUUAUAUGAUUAAAUAUAUUCUCCUCUCUAUACAUUUUAGCAUAAGUGCAGAAUAUAUUAAAUAUAAUCUGUAUUCAGUCAUUGUGUUACUAAAGAGGUAGUCUUAGUCAUUUAAGGCUAACGUACGACACAAUUUUUGUUCAAAUUUAAUAGACCAUAUCUAAUUUUAAAUAUAAAUACGUAAUAAUCAAUUUCCAAUGUUACAUUUGCGUAACAAAAACUAUAUAGAUAUUAUGUUAAACAGGUUGUCUUAAUUAUUAUAAGAUAUUGUUAAAAUGCAAUUUGUACAAAUAGUAAACAAACUUUGUGAGUGUUGGUGCGUUUGCUGGAAAACAUGUUUAUUCUGUGUUGACGACUUUUUAACGUUCUCUUAGAAAUUCCACAACAUUAUUGUAUCAAUUUAAUUUGAAAGCGUAAGGAAUUAUCAAUGAUUACCACCAACUCGUGUUGAGUGUAAUGUACACAUAGUAAGUAAGUAACAGCCUGUAAAUGUCCCACUACUGGGCUAAGGCCUCCUCCCUCAUUUUUUGGGAGAAGGUUCGGAGCUUAUUCCACCACGCUGCUCCAAUGCGGGUUGGUGGAAUACACAUGUGGCAGAAUUUAGAUGAAAUUAGACACAUUCAGAUUUCCUCACGAUGUUUUCAUUCACCGAAAAGCACGAGAUGAAUUAUAAACAGACAUGUAUAUACAAAUCAUGUACACAUAUACAAUAAUAUAUUAAUUAGUAUUUUAUAUGAAUAUAUAUUAUCUGUGUACAUGCUUCUGUCAUCUUGAGUGACACAACGCGAGCGCGGGAAAAUUAAAAUAUUGGAAUUGGCGCGAUGGACUGUGUGAACAGCAAGCUUAUAUACAAAAUAUAAUAUAUUUCAUCUAUUAUUAACCUUACGCUGUGGUUUAAGGUGCACUUUAGAUUGACAAUUUUUAUUUUAUAGAAACAAAGAAUUUGUAAUAUGUCCUUAUUUUUAUUUUGGAUACAAAAAAAAUUUAAUGUGAUUGUAUUGUGAUGUUGUUUAAGCAACCGUUUGUUUACACUUUGGACAAAUAAGGAACAAAGUUAGAGUAGUUAGGUAUGAAAAAAAAAACAAUUUAUAAAUUAAGUGCAAAUUAGUAACUAUUACGAAAAUGUAAUUUUCUUUUAAAGUAUUUUAAUGUUAUUAAUAAAGGUUGCUACAUUAUAUUUUAUAAUUUAUUAUUAUUAUCAAACCUUUUUGUACAUAUGUCACUAAACAAAACAAUGAGAAUAUUAACAACAAAACAUUUACGAAUUAUACUUUAAAAGCAUCAAUUUUCGACUAAAAAAAAUUAUAACUUGACAGUUAUAUUCAAAACGUGUACAAAUAGAUUUGAAAUAAUAUAUAUUUCGUUACAUAAAUGCAAG